UUUUUUUUUUUUUUUUUUUUUCUUCCCCCUCGGAGAGGGAAGGAUGGGUGGGGAAAGCGAGCGCUCACGAAAGCGAGGCGAGGAGGAAUCCCACAAUACCAGGCGGGUUGCGAGCCCGGCACUGCCGCUGUCUCUUUAAUGCAAGAGGAAGCGAUGCGGAGGGGUGGAAAAUGGCAGAGUUGCAGAUGUUACUAGAGGAGGAAAUCCCUUCUGGCAAGCGGGCUUUGCUCGAGAGCUACCAGAACCUCACUCGAGUCGCCGACUACUGCGAAAACAACUACAUCCAGGCUCCAGAUAAAAGGAAAGCAUUAGAAGAGACCAAAGCCUACACAACUCAGUCUCUAGCCAGUGUUGCUUAUCAGAUCAAUGCUCUGGCCAACAAUGUACUACAGCUGCUGGACAUCCAGGCAUCCCAGCUGCGGAGGAUGGAGUCCUCCAUCAACCAUAUCUCCCAGACUGUGGACAUCCAUAAAGAAAAGGUUGCUCGCAGAGAGAUAGGCAUUUUGACGACCAAUAAGAACACAUCAAGAACUCACAAAAUUAUAGCGCCAGCGAACAUGGAGCGUCCUGUAAGGUAUAUUCGAAAACCUAUAGACUACACGGUGCUGGAUGAUGUUGGCCAUGGCGUAAAGUGGCUAAAAGCCAAGCAUGGAAAUAACCAGCCUGCAAGAACUGGCACCUUGUCAAGAACAAAUCCGCCUACACAAAAACCACCAAGUCCUCCCAUGUCAGGCCGGGGAACUCUGGGGCGAAAUACUCCUUACAAAACCCUGGAGCCAGUCAAACCGCCAACAGUCCCUAAUGAUUACAUGACCAGUCCUGCCAGACUGGGCAGCCAGCACAGCCCGGGGAGGACAGCUUCCUUGAACCAGAGACCAAGAACACACAGUGGCAGUAGUGGAGGGAGCGGCAGUCGAGAGAACAGCGGCAGCAGCAGUAUUGGCAUUCCCAUUGCCGUGCCUACACCUUCGCCGCCAACCAUUGGGCCAGCACACAUUUCUGUUCCUCCUCCUCCUGGAGCCCCGCCAGCACCACCACUGCCACCACCUCUCCCGAUGGGCAGUCUGAUAGCUGCUCCAGGUUCAGCUCCUGGUUCCCAGUAUGGCACAAUGACCAGGCAAAUCUCGCGACACAACUCUACCACUUCUUCAGCAUCUUCUGGUGGAUACAGACGGAAUCCUUCUGUGACUGCCCCAUUUUCUGCUCAACCUCAUGUUAAUGGCGGGCCUCUUUAUUCUCAAAAUUCAAUUUCUAUUGCUCCACCCCCUCCCCCUAUGCCUCAGUUGACUCCACAGAUACCUCUCACAGGCUUCGUGGCCAGGGUGCAGGAAAACAUUGCCGAUAGCCCGACUCCUCCCCCCCCGCCGCCCCCUGACGAGAUGCCAAUGUUCGAUGACUCCCCCCCACCUCCACCCCCACCCCCCGUGGACUACGAGGACGAGGAGGCUGCUGUUGUGCAGUACAGCGAUCCCUAUGCGGAUGGAGAUCCUGCCUGGGCGCCGAAGAACUACAUAGAGAAAGUCGUUGCUAUAUAUGACUAUACAAAGGACAAAGAUGAUGAGCUGUCGUUUAUGGAGGGUGCAAUCAUUUAUGUGAUAAAGAAGAACGAUGACGGCUGGUAUGAAGGAGUUUGCAAUCGAGUAACCGGCUUGUUUCCUGGGAAUUAUGUUGAAUCAAUCAUGCACUAUGCCGAUUAAAAUCCUUUGCUUUUCAAAGUUGGGUCUUGUACUCGGUCAUACCAUGAUUAUUUACGAGGGGUAACUAAAAGCUAACAGAAUUGUCUUAAUAUACUUUCAAAAAAAUGUGCCCAUUUCUUCAGGCCAUACUGUUUUAAUGGUAUGAUUGAAUGUCCAUCUCUCUGAGUCUCUGGGGGCAGUAUGUCUUACCUGAUGGCAAUCUGUAAAACAAGCAACUGUCUAUAACUGGUUAUACUUAUUUACUUACGCAUUGUUAAUUUUAUGACCAGCCUAAAUAUUCUGGGGAAGUAGGGUAUAAUAUUUAAUGAACCAUGAUUCAGAUUGUGCCAUUACAUUUUUCAGUACAGCAUGGUAACUAACACUACGUUAGACUAACAUAUUAAAAUCUGGAUGAGAAGUUUAAUGUUAGUGCUGGUCAUGUUACUUUUUGUUUAGACUCUUUGCUCAUUCUUGAACUAUAUUUGUUUAAAGCAUGCAUACAAACUUAUGUAUUGAAAUAUACUUUUUUAAAAAUCCAAGAUGCUUCCAAUUGUUGUAAUCUUUACCUGGAGUAUUCUCACUGAAGUCUAUUACAAUGAGUUGUUUGGGUCUAAGAUGUCCAUGUGAAUCAAAAAAUGGGUGGUCUUAUGUAUGUGUAAUUUGUACCCAAGUUUUUUUAAUAAGUAAAUUUACAUUAUGACUUUUUCCAUUCAUAAAUAUAUAAGUGAACCAAAGGUCUUGUCCAUUACUUUGUUGGCUGGCUUGACAAAGAAGUUUGGAAUGCUAACGUAGCAAAAUCAUGGCUGUGUUAUCCCAGGCAAUGUACUAAAAAGCAAAUGUUUGUAACAUGACUUUAUCACUGACAGAGGGCAAAUAAAUUAGAUAUGAAACCUGAAUUAUCCAUUUAUACAAACUCUUAAAAGUUCUUUUCUUCCAGUAUAAGUUUUAGCAAGAGUUCUUGAUUGAGCCUAGUUAUCUAGAUAGAAUGAGUUGACACUGUCUGUAACUGACAUUUCUCAGUGGAAACUGUAUCUGGACGUGGUAGUGUGCCCAGCUGAGGAAGCUGGGGGCUGUCCUCCAGAUCUGACCGGGGGAAACAGUCAGAACAGGACAGGGAUUCUUUUUACCUGGGAUGGAGCAAUGCACUUAGCCAUUUGCAUCAAAGGGUAACAAGCAGAGAUAGCUAGAGGUGAUACUUCUGUUCUGCAAAUACUGUGGCUUAAAUAACCUGAAAAGGAAUGCGGUAGUACUGGAUAAUUACUGUAAUAGGAAUGUGUCUGUGACUUCAAAGCAGUCUUCUAAGGAGAGGGCAUUGGAUAUUCUGUGUAAAUGAGUGAUGGAAGAUGAUGGAGUUGAAGCUUUGACUGGCUGUUGAAUCAUUCAUUGUACCGUGGGUUUGAAAUACCAAACCUUCUACUUUCCCAACUGCUAGCAAGUAACAACCAAUGACAUACCUGUAUUUCAUUAUGAAUUGGAAACUAGUUACACAUACAACCUAUUCAAGUCUACAUACAAUCUGUUAUUAUCAUCUCUUCCCCUUUAUACAAUUCCAGAUACUUCUGUAAUUUAACAGCCAGGAAAGCAUUCAAACCACCUAUGUUUCCACAGGUGUUCAACAGAUAGCAACAUGUAUGCUGUGUUUAUUGUUGUGAACGAAUGAAAUUUGAGCAACUUCAAUUUUCAUACACUGAUUUAUAUUUAUUUUCAUUGUGGCCUUUGUGCAUCAACAUGUAAACAUCUUCCCCUGCCCCACAAUUAAUAGCCCCCACUAAAACAAUUGUACAGCACGAUCUGAUUUGCUCUGAACCGUAUGGCUUCCUACAAUAAAACACUUCCAUUUUUAUUUUUAUGGAAAAAAAAAGUAGAGCUCCCCCACCCCCCCCAGAAAAAAAAAAAAAAAACCAGAAGUUUCUUAAAAAAAUAA